UGCCUCUAGUGUAGUGUGGUUUGAGUUCUUCCCAUCAUCUUCCUCCCAAAGUUGAAACAUUCAUGACACAAGCUGUGUAGCAAUAAUAUAAUCAUUUCAAAGUUUCAAAGUUCAAACACAGUCCAUUCCUUUUUCAUAAAUCUCCAAACAUUUCCUCUCUCAUCUAUUCUCCCCUCAAACUAUGAUUAGUUAGUACAUAUAAAACCACAAACUCAACACAUAUUCAUACUCCCACUAACCCCUUUCCCCUAAAACCUCCAAAAUCCACCUCUCUCUCUCUCUCUCUCACCACAAAUCCACAACACAACAAUGCUAGAUCCAGCUAAUGAUUUGGUUCCACCACCUUCUUCACCCUCCAUCUCUUCCAUUUCUUCCUCUGAUCUUGACACUGAGUCCACAGGAUCAUUCUUCCAUGAUAGAAGCACAACAUUAGGAACACUAAUGGGAGUGAGUUUUCCAGCCAUUACAUUCAGAGCACCAUCACAGCACCGGGACCCACAUUCCGGCGCCGGUGGAUCCAAGAGAAUUGCAUCCAAGAAGAAGAGAAGGCCCGCCGCCGUGGCGGCGGAACGGCGGCGAAGGUGGUGGCAGCUGUGUAGGGAAGGUGAUGCGAGACCGGCGUCGUUAGGAGAUUUUUUGGAGGUGGAACGGCGGUUUGGCGACGGCGCGUUUUACGACACGGCGGUGGAGAUGGAGGGUAUGGUGGUUGGUCAUCAGGAGAGGAAUGGUGGGAGAGAGCUUUUUGCUGAUGGGAGGGUUCUUCCGCCGGUGGGAGAUGUUGGCGGUGGAGAAUCGCCGGCGGUGAGUCUUUGUAAUAGGUUUCCGGCGUCGCUCACCGGAAUAUGUAGCGGUGGUGCUGGGUAGGGGUAAAAUUGGGAUUUUGAUUAUUUUAAAUAUGUUCUCUUUUUUUUCUCAGAAAGAAAAAUUGAAAAUUUUUGUGCCUUUAUUUAUUUAAUUUUAAUUUUUGUUAAUUAAUUUAAGAUUCUUUUUGUUUGUGGAUUAAGUGCAAAAAAGCAUGUUUUGGCUUUUAACUUUUUGUGUUUUCUUUUUCUUUUUCUUCUUUUGAUGGAAAUGGAACCAUCAACCAUGUGUAUCAUGUAUAUGGUGGUGGUCCACAUUAUGAUCUUAUCAUAUGAAAUUUAAAAAAUAUCAAAAUGAUUAUUGAAAUGAGGAUGAGUAACAAAUUUUGGUUGA